AUUCCGUCCCACACCAGCAGGCCAUCCUGCAAUAGACAAAACAAGACGCGCAUUUGUUACCCGAGUGAGCAGCCGCCGGCGCGUCGAGAUUCGGAGAUUAUAGGACAGAACGGAGAGAUUCGUUUGGCUGAGAAUAGACAGCGAGACGGAGAAGUGACAGUGGACGAUCGAGAGUGCUGAUAUGCCGUACCCGAUGCCAGUCUCGGCCCACGCCCCUCAGCCCCACUUCCCCGCAUUUCCCAUAUCCCAGUCAUCUGCACACCAGUCCUCGUCUGCACGCCCCUCGACCAGCUCGUCCAACAACAACAAUGCUGCCUCCACCUCAGCUGCACCGCCGUUCAAGGCACCCGCACACAAACACGCCCACCACCUCCACUCCAUCCCUCCACGCGAGAAGUCCACCCGCACACUCAUCGUAGACCACAUGCUCUGGGUCCACGCACGCACCCGCUUCGCCCAGGCCCGCGCAGAGCUCGGCAUGGCAGACCGCACCGGCGGGCCCUCCGCCCCCGCCUACCGCCAUCGCGAGCGCCCCGAGUCCUACGACGAGGAGGACGAAGCCAUGAGCGACGGCGAGCCCGUGCACAAUCUCAAAGCGCGCGAGGGCGGCCCGGAUCAUCCUUAUAACGAGGACGAGGCGACCAGACACGAGAAGCAGGAUCUCGUCCUCGCCCGCAGUCUGCGUCUGAGAGCCGAGGGCCUGGAGAAGGUCGUGCAUUCGAUGCUCGACCAGCCGCCCCCGAUUAUACACCCGAUCAUGGACGACGACGCGGGGCCGGGCCCGUUGGCGUCUCCGCCGUCCUCGCCCAAGCUCGCUGCCGCAGGCACGGGCGGGUCGUCGUCCCCGAAGAGACAGUACAAUGGGGGACUAUUGGCGCAGACGCCGCACCCGCACACGCUGCCGAAUGGUGUCAGGCUCCGGCUGGCGCUGGGCACCGUGAUCAAUGACCUGUUUGCGAGGCAGGCGCCGCCGCCGCCGUAUAGGCAUCAUCACCAUCCUACGCCGAUUAAUAUCAGCUCGACUGCGUCCGAUGGGCCGACGCCGGGCAAUUCGCCCGUUAUGCAAAAGAUGAGUACGCCCGGGUCGUACAGAAGUCCGUCGACGUCGGGAUUUGCGGGUACGCCGGGGGCGGCAGAAGGCUCGAGAGGAGGAGGGGGCAGCGGUGAAGUGUUACCACCGUCGUUGCAGGUGUUGUCGGUUAUUAGUGCGGGUCCUGUGGGGACGCAUCUGGAGACGAGUUCGCCGAGGGGCGGCAUGCACCCCUACCACUCCACAAGCACAACCCCCAACCCCGCUUCCACUCCCGCCCCCAACACACCCACCGUCCCCGUCCCCUCCGCACGCGUCCGCGCCCUGUACGAAGCCGGCGCCGACCCAUCCACCGCCAACUCCCCACCUGCCUUCCGCUGCCCGCGACACCUGCACCAGGGCUGCGAAAUCUGCGUCGAAGCGAAGCAGCCCGUGCGCCCCGUCGGCGGGCCCGGGCGCAUGCGCGGGCUCUCGCUCUCCUAUGUGAGCGACUCGGGGAGGGGAAGGAGCACGGGUAUGGGCGGGUAUGGAGGCGGUUUUGUGCAUGGUGGCACUGGAUCUGGAGCUGGAAUGGGCGGCAGCGGGCUGGGUGUCGGUGCGGGCGAUGCGCCGCCUGGGGGCGGGAUUACGGGGUGGCAGGACGGGAGCGGGAUCGGGAGUGGGUUGGCGAGGCCGGGUGUGCAUGGGAGUGUGUUGAGGAGGAAGAGUAAGUGGCCGCAGGGGGAUCCGGAGGGCGAGGGCGCGGGGGGUGGUGGCGCGGGUGGCGCUUCUGGGGCUGCUGGCGCCGGCGCUGGUGGGGGUGGGAAUGGGGGUGCAGGGGGCGGAGGUACGGGAGAUGCUAAGGGAGGCGGGACGGGCGCGGGCAAUACGCGUAUCGCGGAGCUUGUUCCGCGGUUUGUGAGGCUCAGCGCGCUCGUGGCGAUGGAGCUCGGCCAGGAGCUCAAGGACGGGGAGUACACCGCCGAGUCGUCGGGUUGGAUCAAUAUUUCCUCUGGGGCCUCGUCGGCCGGGGGUCAUGGUCAUGGUGUCCCCGUCACGCCCACGCCGACGUACGCCGCUUUACCCGGAGCGGGGACGCCUGGCGGCGGCGGGGCGAGGCGCAACAGGAGCCAGAGCAUCUCACAAUACGCACGGCCCGGCAACCACAAUCAAAAUCAAACGCAAGACCAGCAAAACGACGAGCAAGCCAUCCCGCUCCGCCCGAGCAAAGAGUGGUACGCGCUCUUCGCCGGGCUGCUCACGCGCGCCGCGCUCGAGGGCUACCUCACCGGCGGCUGGCGCGGUCUUGCGCCCGUCGAGUGUCUGCUCAGCGUCGGGCUCGGGCUCGGCGGCGAGGACGCGUCUGGGUAUGGGCCGUCGAGCGGGGUGUCGCCUGCGCCCUCUGGUCCUGGCCCGACGGCGGGGAUGGCGGCGGGCUACAGCCAGAGUGGGUUCGCGCAGGGGUGGUUCCCUGAGGGGCUGCCUGCUGCGUGGCGUGCUGCUGUUCCUGGUGGUGGACGUUCGGCUGCUGCUGGACCUGGCACCGGGACUGGCACUGGCACUGGAACGGGCACGGGGACGGAGGAGAGCACGGAGCGGGGCGAGGAUGAUGAAGAUGGGCGGAGUGGCAGUGGGAGCACUAGCGAGGAAGAGGAGGCGGACCGCGCGUUCGAGUGGUUUGAUCCGGAUGAGCUGCCUAGUCUGAAGGCGGCGACGCGGAUCAUGUUUCCGUCGCUCCAGAGUGGGGGUGCGCAAGGCCAGGGGCAGGGGCAGGGGAAAGACGGGGCGGAGAGGGAGUUUGCGGAGGAGAUGGGGGAGCGGUUGAGGAGGUUCUAUGCGAUUCCACAGCGCACGCCGGAUCUGUCGACGCACAUGGAGGACCUCGCGUGGCAUUACCCUGCUGAGCCCGUCGAGCGCGCCGCGCUGCGGUUCUGCGAGGCGAUCGCGAAAUGGAGGGGCAGGCCCGAGCUCGAGACGUACAAAAAGCGGCACAAAGACGUGCCCGCCGCGAUCACGAUCGAGUCGCUCGUGCACUCGAACCCGACGUCGCCCACGUCGAACGCGUUCCCGCCGACAUCAGCGACGAGCAUCGCCGCUGCGGCUGAGGCUGCGCAGCGCCAGCGCGAGAGAGAGCGCCCGCCGAUCGAGCGGUAUUUCACGCUCCCAUCGCCUGCGUCUGAGCGGGAGCGGGAGAACGUCGGUGGGAGAAAGAGGCGGAGGAGCACGGACGAGGGGGACCGGUACGAGGGCGGGAGAGGUGUGCGGCCCGGGCAGGCGGUGGCGUAGCUUUGUGGUUUUGGCGGUUGGCGGUGGCGGCCCGGGGAGGCGCACAGGAGUUUGUGAUUGCGAUUGGUUUUGAUCGACUAGCUUCGCUUUCGUUUUGUUCAUAUUUAUGCACUAUUUUUUCUUCCUACCGUUUAGAGGUAUUUAUUUCCUGCACAUGCCUUUUUGCGACUUUUUUCUCGGUUGAUGUUAUGCUCGUGGAUACCUUACAUGCAUUAGCUUCGGCUUCC